ACGAGGUUAGUAUAACGCGCUGUAAUGGCGGCACGAUCUUCGCGAGUUCUGUAAUUUUAUCAAGAUAGACUUCUGGAAGUGAUUAAUCCGGCUCAAAUAUGACAGCACCAGAAGCAGCAUUACUCCGUGUUUACAAAUCUAAAAUUUUUAGUGGAAAUGCCUUAUUGUCCAAAGAUGAAUUUGACGAUAAACUUGAGAAAUGUCAUGCAGUACUCAGCAGCCUGGUCAAUGGUCUUUCAGAAAGGGAGGUUCACGAUACUUUAAACCAAACAGUGUGCAAAGGAUUGAAGGAACAUGAAGAAAUAUCCUAUGGAUUACUGUUCACAAUUCUUACUGAGCCAGCCAAUGCUGCAAAGGCGUAUCGUGAUCUGAGCUAUCUGUCAAGGGAUGGUUUCAACUUAAUAAUUAACAAGUUGCUGCAAGUGAUAAGUGAUAAAUUUGAUCGUCUUCUAGAAACGCCAAGAGGACAGAUACUUUGGCUUCUUGGUGAAAUGAUGAAAAAUUCGGUGAUUGGGUUGGAGGUUGUGGCACUAGCAUUAUUGAAACAAAUAGCCGGUGGAGAUAUAAGUCUGGGAAAUACUUGGCUUGCUGAAAACACACUGAAAAUCUUGCAAAAUAACAGAUCCUGGCUAGACAAGAAUUCUACAGUUCUACCAGUUGCAUUGUAUACAUAUUUGCGCAUUAUUGAGGACCACGAAGCUUCACAGUUUUCUUCAUUGCGUCAAUUGGAAGUAGAUUUUUGUAUCAGCGUUCUGCGUGAAAAGUUUGUUGAAUGCAUGGGCAUUGGCAGAGAUCUUAUCAGGGUUCUUCACAACAACACUAGGAUUCCAGAGUUUACAGCUUUGUGGAAGGACAUAUUGUACAGGCCACAGUCGCUGAGUCCCCAGUUUUCAGGUAUUACACAAAUAUUCAACACACGAACAUCUCGAAAAAUACUUACAAGCAGACUUACACAAGACAUGGAAAACAAGAUGACAUUUCUGGCAUUGAAGGUUCGUUUUGGGCAGCAGAAGAGAUAUCAAGACUGGUUCUACCGACAGUAUCUACUGGCACCAGAAGCCCAGUCUCUGAUUCCUGACUUGGUUCGUUUUCUUUGUGGAGUUAUUCACCCACCCAAUGAAGUGCUCUGUUCUGACAUCAUUCCGCGAUGGGCAAUUCUAGGCUGGUUGUAUACAAUUUGUCAGAACCCAGUUGCUCAAGCGAACGUCAAGCUGGCGCUAUGCUACGACUGGUUGUUCUAUUCUGGUGAAAAGGACAAUAUCAUGAAUAUUGAACCGGCCAUGCUACUUAUGCAUAAUUCUAUCAAAACCCAUCCAAGUAUUACCUAUGGUCUUUUGGAGUUUAUAUGCAAGAUCGUCACCUCGUAUUCAACAGAGCAUGAGUCACUGCUAAAGCAUGGUAUAAAAAGAGCAUUUCGCAGCAUACUCGAUAAACGAGUUGUUGGGUCACUUUCGCCUCUUUUGAAUAACCAUCGAAUGGAUCGGAAUAUGAAGAAUCUCGUCCGUGAAACAUUGCCAGAAUUCACAGGCCGUGAUAAAGAGUCGAAAGGAGAAGACUCAUCUUCUUCCACUACACCCCCAACGUCACCAAAAACAGAGCAACCCCCGAGUCUGUCCCCGUCUACAGAGGGUAAUGGGGAUGACAUUGAAGUCGUAGGAGAGGAGCCAGAGGAGCCAGAUGCUGAAGAAGCGGUGUUUUCUGAUGAUGAAAAUGACCAGGAAAACUCUAAGUCGAAGUUUAAGCCUAUUGUCCGGGAGGAGGAGACGUCGCUAGGAAAGUCUGAUGACGUCAUUGGUAAUGUUGAUAUGCUGGAGUUAGAGGAAUUUCAGAAUAUUGAUAACACACUUUUGAGAGAUAAUAUCCUAAAACUUAAAAAUGACAGUGAUGAUACAUUGAGAUGCGAAGCAAUGGAAAGCAUUAUUUCGACUGUUGACUCUAUGAAGGAUUUUGAUGAUGAAAUGGCAACACCAAUAUGUGUUUGUCUGGCUGCAUGCUUGACUGAUGACCUUGCUUUACCCUGUCUUCCCGAUGAGCUCACUGAAAGCGCAAUUGAGCAAUCAUUUGAGAGGCCACAAUACAUUUUGUUUAGAUCGAUAACAUCAUUGUCAAAGCACGACAUCGAUCGAGAGAAGCUUUACAUCCUUCUGAAUGGAAUCCACGAGCUAAACCCAAAGAUUGGCUAUCAUUUCUUGUAUUUUCUUAAGUCAGGGGUUGGGGACACAGAGUUCUUCAAUUACGAAGAUUACAUAAGCUAUCAAAAAGAUAAAACCCUAAGGACAGUUCUGGUAUCCGACUUAACUAUGUGUCAUCAGUACGACCCAAAGUUGUUUUUGCAUGUCAUAACUUCGAUUUUCCAAAGAUUCAAUGAAUCAGCUGUUGGUUGUGCCGACCUUAUUCGUCUUUUGUGUUCAGCUAUCAGCCCCCAAGAGAUUCAAGAAAUCGUAACGGAGAUAUCGAUGGGUAAGCUGGUCAUCAUUGGCGAAAACCAAGUUGAGUCAUUGCUAGUCAACUCUUUGUCUUGGGAUGCAUUUGAGCAAAACUGUCUAUGGCAGUUUCUUGUUGCAGAAGAAACACCAGUGGAGAUGGUUGUCGGACUGCUCCCCCACUUGAAUCAGGAAGAUAACCCCGUGCCCUUGUCAAACCUAUUACUUCAACUGCGACAUGAGAGUCCUACAGCUGAUAUUCUAAAGCCGUUAUUGUGCAUGUCAGUUGGAAGUGAUUAUGAUGGAUUUUUGUUAAGUACGUGUUUGUUCAAAUAUUGGUCAGAAGAAGAAGCGAGGGAACUUGCUAAUGUCAUUGCUCAGAUUUUAACAAAAAGCAUUGGCCAGAAUAACAAAAGGAAGCAGGGACGUGCUUCUGGAAAGAAUCAGCCAUCUGUGGAUCAAGUUUUAACGCAUCUAGAUUUGUACAGAAAACAUUUUCAGUCUCCAUCUAACAAAAGCAUCUUCAAGUAUGAAUCUCUGCGGUAUUCUUUUCAACAAGUUAAAGCAGGUGUGCAAGAUGCAAAAUUGAAAGCAAGGUUUCAAAAACUGCUGGACGAGUGUCUAGAGGUUUCAGAUAGGGUAUCAAGAAAACGAGCGACAGAAAGAGUUACCAGGAAUGCAAGACGACGAAAACCAGCCAGCGAAUCAGACGAGUCAUCUGAGGAGGAGGACGAAGAGGGUGAUGAAAAUGACGAAAAAUCAGAUGCUGAAGAGGAAGAAGAAGAUGAUUCAGAAGAGGAAGAAAGAAGCGAACUGCUUCCACGCUCCCCGUCAAAAAAGCGCAGAAGGACAUCUCGGUUGCUAGAACUGGAAGAUGACUGAGACCUUUAUUUUUCUUGAAAAGGAAAUAGAAGCAUUCUGUAGCAGGUUGUAAAUAAUAGGCCUAACAGCCUUGCUUGUGAACAUACUCGGUUUUUCAAAAGACAGCUUUGCUCCUAGCAUCGUUUAACUGACAGUGACUGAACAUCGUGGCCAGGGAUUCAACGUGGCUUUAAAACGCCUUGGUAUCUCAAAUGUGAAGUUUUCCUGUCUUUGUAGUUGAUAAAUCCCUGUCGUUGUUGAAGCUCAAAAAUUUUUAGAGGAAACGUUGACGUAAGAGUGAAUUAAUAUGUUUUAGUCAUAGAUUAGAGAA